AUGGCCAGAGAAAGUGACGCUCCUCGGGAACCCCAAACCCCGGGGCGCCCAAAAGAAUCGGCAAAACAAUCGAUUGCUCAGGAGCCAGAGUUUGGUAAACCUUCGCCUCUUGGUAAACCUGCACACAGAUCCAAUUCCAACCACCUCUUCAACAUCCCCAAGCAAAACAGGGCGCGACCAGAGCACCACCGUCCUCAUCAAGCUGUUGCUGAACACCAACAGCAGUUGUCAAACCUUGAAAAGAAUCGUAAUCGAAUCCAACAAGGCGCCCCUCAAGGCUCCGGGCCACCAGUCGCACCCAGCGGUGCUUCAGCGGCGCCCUCCGCAAACCGACGUGGGCCAUUUGACCCUUUCCAGCCCGUUAGACCAUCGGCGUACAACGACUAUCGAUCAGGGAUUCCCUCGGGUGCAACCCCAAUUAAACGCCCCGAGCAGGUGUCGUAUGCUACCCCACGGGCCCCUCGGGCACUUUUCACAUCCAAGCCAUCCGCACCAAAGCAGUCCUUUGCCUCAAAAAACCUUCAAGCUUUCAUCGAUCUAACAGCGGAUGAGCCUGGUUCGAGGACCGGCCAAAUUGCUCAGCAGUUCGGCCAGGCAUCUACCUUUGGUUCCACGGAUGUCUACGGCUAUGUCGAUUCAGCUAAAGCGAAUGAAAAUAUAAAGGCUCUCCUUGAGGGCGCAUUUGAAGAGGAAGAAGAAGCCAAGUCAAAGUUCAAGGACAAGAAGAAAAAGAGCAAAAAGAAGGAUCCGAAGAAAGCUCAAAAGAAGGAAGCUAUUCCGCCUGCGAAGAACGACACCAGUGAACUCGAUGACUUGGCUGCUCAACUUCAGGGCGUUACCGUCAAUGACAUCAAAGAAGGCGAAGAAGAGUCUGCCGAUGAGCUUGAUAACAAGGCAAGAAAGCUUAAAGAAGACACCGAACAUCCCGACAACAAGGAAAAAGUCACAAAUGAGAAGGACGAGGAGGCUGAAGCAGAUGUUGGUGACGAGGAAGAAGCAGAAGAAGAGGAGGAGGAUGAAUCCGAUGACGAAGAUGAGCUGAUUGUCGAGGGCUUGAAAGUCACUUUGUUGCCCCACCAAGUCGAAGGUGUUAGGUGGAUGUGUGACAAAGAGUCUGGUCGACACUCUGCUAAAGGAAUUGUGCCCAAGGGUGGAAUUCUUGCAGACGAUAUGGGUCUGGGUAAAACCGUCCAAACCAUAUCCCUGUUUCUCAAAAACCGCAAGCCCGAACACGAACACAGCGACGAUGACACCGCCAACAAAAAAGGAGACGAUGAAGAUGCACCACCUUCCUCUCAACUUAGCAAGACAACGCUUGUAGUGGCACCUCUAGCACUUAUCAAACAAUGGGAAGCCGAGAUCGCCGACAAGAUCGAGAGAUCUCAUAAGCUCAGCGUCUGUCUCUAUCAUGGGACAAACCGUGCAAAGACUGCCAAGUCAUUGGGCGAUUACGAUGUCGUCAUUACAACCUACGGAACUCUUACCUCGGAGUCAAGUACAGCAGCCGCGGACAAGGCCAAGAAGUCUGGAAUUUUCUCUCUUUACUGGUACCGAGUUGUCCUGGACGAGGCCCACACCAUCAAGAACCGGAAUGCCAAGGCAACACAAGCUGCUUGUGCUUUAGAUGCUAGGUAUCGAUGGUGCUUGACUGGAACCCCCAUGCAGAACAACCUUGACGAGUUGCAGAGUUUGAUCAAAUUCCUCCGAAUCAAACCUUACAAUGACCUUGCCGCGUGGCGUGAUCAGAUCAGUCGACCGCUAGCAAAUGGCCGUGGUGGCCUUGCUAUCCAACGACUCCAGGUCUACUUGAAAGCUUUCAUGAAACGACGCACCAAGGAUGUUCUCAGAGACAACGAAAACGAUAAAUCUGAAGGAGCUGAUGGGAAACCGAAAAAAUCCAAUGGUUUCAAAAUCGUGAAGCGUGAGGUUAUCAAGGUGGAGGCACAGUUCAUGGAAGGAGAGAUGAACUUCUACAAGCGAUUGGAACAACGCACCGAAAACCGCCUUGAAGAGAUGAUGGGCGGUGCCAAGGUUGACUAUGCCGGCGCAUUGGUCUUGCUUUUGCGACUUCGUCAAGCGUGUAACCACCCCGAGCUGGUCAAGAGUGAUCUAGCCGUGGACAAAGAUGUUCUGUUGCAGAGUGGCAACCCUGGAAGCCAGUCGUCCGAAGCGAAGAAAGAUGAUCUAGAUGAUAUGGCUGAUCUUUUUGGAGGCUUGAGUGUCAUGACAAAGAAAUGCGACGUUUGUCAAGCGGAACUUAGCCAAGCCGAGUCAAAGAGCGGGGGCAGUCACUGCACUGAGUGUGAAACUGACUUGAAUACCAACUUCAUGACUAAGGAUAGCAAGCAUAAGGCAAAGAAAGCACACAAACAUCACGAGGUCACUACAAUUGAAAGCCCCAUUGCCAAGGCUCGCUCUCGAAAGAACCGCCGCGUCGUUCUUGAUAGCGACGAUGAAGAUGAGGACGAGGCCGAAUGGAUUGUCCCCGAGGGCCAACGUAAAAUGCCCAACCUUGGCAAGGCCGGUGGAUCAGAAGACGAAGAUGCUGAAGGGGGUGGAGAGUGGAUCGGCUCUGGUGACUCCGACCUGGACUCACCUUCGGGGAAGAAGAGUCAACCUAUCAUGCUGAGCAGCUCUGACGACGAAUCCGACUCUGAUGAUGACAUCUCUUACGAAGGCGAAAAUGGCGAGUUGCCGUCAACCAAGAUCCGUUACUUGAUGAAACUACUGAACAAAGAAUCCGCGGACUACAAGUUCAUUGUCUUCUCUGUUUUCACCUCGAUGCUUGAUAAGAUCGAGCCAUUUUUGAACAGUGCGAAUAUUGGAUUCGCACGUUACGAUGGUGGUAUGCGGAAUGACCAUCGCGAAGCCAGUCUCAACAAGUUGAGGAACAACAGUGGCACUCGCGUACUGCUUUGCAGUUUGCGUGCCGGUGCACUGGGCCUUAACUUGACAGCUGCCAGCCGCGUUGUGAUCCUGGAACCAUUCUGGAAUCCUUUCGUCGAAGAACAAGCUAUUGACCGUGUCCAUCGUCUCAAUCAAACCGUUGAUGUCAAAAUCUACCGAAUGAUCAUCAAGGGUAGCGUGGAAGAGAGAAUCGUUGCUUUGCAAGAUCGCAAACGCGAACUGGCCAACAUGACCAUCGAGGGCAAGUCUGCAGCCGGAAAAUUGACCAUGAAUGACAUGAUGGCCCUGUUUGGUCGUGACGCCGAAUCCAAGUAUACCCCGACCGAUACUCAGGGCAAGCUAGACUUCAAGCAGCCAACUAGGCUACUGAACUCUACGGGCGAUAAUGAUCCUCCCAUGCCCCCUCAAUCCUCUGCGCGGGCUGAUUCCCAUAAUCGAGAACGCCGGCAGCAAUCUAGGAAGUCGACACCUGAAGAUUCUGUGUAUGGACGACGCUGGUAG